CACGCUCCCAUCUUCUACCGUAAUUACCAAGUCACAUCGUACGCCGCCGAACCAUUUCACGACUCGCACAGUCGCACCACCACAUUUGCCAGAAGAUGAUGACUGUAUCCAUUUCCCAUACCACGACACUCGAGGUUCCGGCUGACUGUCAGCCUUCCUCUCUUGCCUACCUGACGGGGCUGACUUCCCAAAGAGGCCAUCGGCUGGUAGCGCGAGACCCUUUCUGCGUAACAAUCAAUAUCUGACGAACAUCACCGACAAUCUCCACAGCCUACAACGCUUUCAAGUCAACGUUGCAAUGCAGUCAAACUAUCGAUGGCUGCUCUCCAACAUCUUCCUCGUAUGCAAGCAGCCGUGAUAUCACCGACGGUGGAUCACUGUCAUCUCUCCGGCAGCCAGGUCUGCCCAUGGCCUUUGUGAACUUGGGGACUUUGAGAACAGGCCAUCGAGAAGCCAUGGUGGUCGACACAUCCCAUCUAGGCAUCACGCAGGAUAUCCAGUCAAUAAUGUAUAAGAUGGCAGUUUGAACUUCAUCUUGUUCUUGCCGCCGGGCUCGUCCCCGCCAUGGUCUCGGCUCGGGCCCUCUCCCCCCGUGCUGUUGACUGUGCCUUUGCCACGACUGCUGAUGCCGGCGCGACUUGCGAGAGCUUCGCUGCCAGCUGGGGGCAGUCUGUCGACGAGCUCAAGAAGUUGAACCCUGGCAUCACCUGCCCCAACCUUGACACCAGCAAGACCUACUGCGUCAUCGGCACUGUCACUGCUGAUCCUACCCCGUCUUCGUCCUCGUCCUCGUCAUCGAGCACCAGCACCACGCUCAAGACGACCACUACCACCAAGGUCUCCACCACUUCUUCCUCGACCUCUACAUCGUCCUCGACUACCGCCGCCCCUGCCCCUAGCAACUCCCCUGCUAUGCCCGGGUUGGCAGCCAACUGCGAUGGCUUCUACAAGGUAGCCUCUGGCGACUCGUGCGAUACCAUUGCCUCCAAGAAUGGAAUCACCACCACGCAGUUCAAGUCCUGGAACACCGAGAUCAACGCUGAGUGCAGCAACCUGUGGCUUGACUAUUACGUCUGCGUCCACGUGCCCGGCGCGGCUGCCCCGAUGACCACCACCAAGGUCACCAGCACCACCGCUGCCCCGGCUCCGACCAACUCUCCCCAGAUGCCCGGUUUGGCUGCCAACUGCGAUGGCUUCUACAAGGUAGCAUCCGGAGACUCUUGCGACACCAUUGCCUCCAAGAACAGCAUCACCACAACUCAGUUCAAGAGCUGGAAUACCGAGAUUAACGCUGAGUGCUCUAACCUCUGGCUCGGCUACUACGUCUGCGUCCACGUCCCUGGAGCCGUCACCCAAAAGCCGACAACCACCACCAAGGCCACCUCCACCGCUCCCGCCGCGACCAACACCCCCCAGAUGCCCGGUAUCGUCUCCAACUGCGACGGUUACUACAAGGUUGCCUCGGGCGACCAGUGCAGCACCAUCGCUGCCAAGUACGGAAUCACCACUGAUCAGUUCCUUAGCUAUAACAGCUAUAUCAAUGCUCAAUGCUCCAAUCUUUGGGUCGAUUACUACGUCUGCGUCCACGCGACUCCCUCUCCCCUGAUGCCCGGCAUCGCGGGCAACUGCAAGAGGUACCACCAGGUCAAGAGCGGUGACAGCUGCUCGAGCAUCGCGUCGAGCGCUGGAAUCACAUUUAAUCAGUUUAGGCAGUACAAUACCCAGGUGAAUGCUGAUUGCAGUAACUUGUGGUUGGGGUACUAUGUUUGCACUGGGGUUUAAGAGGGGUCGUUUGUGUUAAAAUGUUUGGGUUGAGGGGUGGAGGACUGGAGAAGAAGGGGAUUGGCGAGUUAGCUGGUCGUCUUUUUUUUUACCUCUACUCGAUACUUGGUUCCUACCUAGUAACUAAUUUGUCCACCGCUGGUUUCUGACUCAGUGCGGUCAGGCUCGAUGGCGACACUGGCGCGUCUGAAUAGUGUCUGUCAAUCGCAUGGAGUUCGCCACACAAUUUGUGCUUUUUUCGACGAACGUCAAAUUUGGUGUUAGUAUCGCUGCUGUUGUCGGCGUUGGCGUUGGUGUUGGUCGUUACUAGUACCUCUAGGGAGCACCACGCAAACUUGAAUCGCUGCUUUCGA